AUGGCACCAGGCGACAAGCUUCCAGACUUCUUGACGAACACACCACUGCACUCGUCGUUCGAAAAGGACAUCAAGGACACCCACCUCAUCUACGACUACGACGCACAAGACCAGGACGGCAACCCAGAGAAGUGGCGCUACGAGCUGUGGUGCUUCUCUGAUGACCGCGUUGUCUAUGCCAUUCAUGGCGGGCCUAUGGCUGGGAGAAUAAACUACCAACGUGCAACAUAUCAAUGCAUUCGCCCCGGUGAACUCUGGCAGAUCAAUUGGCUCGAGGAGACCGGCACUGUAGUGUCUGCAGUCUACGAUAUUCCACAGAAGAAGAUCACCACCUUGAUCAGCUUUUCGGAAGGCCACUGGCAGCAGCCUAAGAUCGCGCAUGGAGACAAGAGAAACAAGGAAAAUCUGGAGAAGUGGAGGAAGCUAGCUGACAUAGGGAACCAGGCCAGUCGGUUCAUGUUGAGCGAGCAGGCGGAUAUCGUAGAGGCGUUCAAGGGCAAGGGCGAUUUGGUGCCGAUCAGUGAAGACGACCCUACUUUCUGA